UGUAGAGUGGCCUAAGUUGCGAAUGGGGAGGAACAACGUGUGCGGUGGCUCCUUCCAGUCACCGAUUAAUAUCACGACAAAUGCAACCAUCUUCGACUCUUCCCUGGGCCCGGUCAAGUACACCAAUUACAGUGAACCUAUGGGGAAUGCCGUCUUUGAAAACAACGGGCACACAGUGACGUUGACCCCAGCGAAAGCAAGCAACGCCUCCGUCAGUAUAGACGGCUUGCCCAGCACCUACAAUUUCAAGCAACUGCACUUCCACUGGGGAGACAAGUCCACAGAGGGCAGUGAACAUCAUGUUGAUGGCAAAUCAUACGCCAUGGAGAUGCACCUGGUACAUAUCAACACUGAAUAUGGCAGUGCCAGAGAGGCUUACAAACACCCCGACGGCCUCCUAGUUGUCGGUGUUCUCUUCAAGGUCGAUGGGCGUGAAAACUGGGCACUGAGGAGCGUCGUAACAGCACUGCGUCAGAUGAAUAAGCGAGCUGCAAGGCGAGUGAGAGUGCCUCACCUCGCAUCACUGGUGGACCUUCUCCCGCUGAACCCAUCGCUGUCCUAUCUAUAUCGAGGGUCCCUCACGACACCGCCAUGCUCCGAGGCAGUCAUCUGGGCUGUGCUAAAGAACGAGGAGAAAAUAGGCAAAUCACAGGUGGAGUGCAGGGAGCAGACAGCCUACCAGCGACGUGUCUCGUACGGAAGUCACGAGGAGCCUUCCAGCAGCCGAUGGAGUCAACCAACGGCAUCAGAUGCAGCCCUCAAUAACAAAGCCAUCACGAAGGAACAGCCGUGCGACUUCCACCAGAAGUACGAUGAUAAGCCGCUCACAAGCGAACGGGGUAACACCUUCAACUCCUUGAAGGCGUUCGAUCAGUGGCAGCAGCUCACGGUCAGCGCACUGGUGCUCAGUCAUCUUUAUGGCGUGGAUAACUCCGACAAAUGCUUCCGCGUACGGCAUGCGAGGCUGUCGCUGCCGUACGUCAACCUGUGGUGUCUCGCUUCGCUCUGGGACUUGGACUGCCUGCUUGAUUUCUUCCCGGACGACCUCGGACAGAGCGAGGCGCAGUACCGAUGCCGGAGCCACCUGAAGCUUUUGGAGCUGUUCUUUAACAACAAUCCUAAUAAGCUCCCGCAAGGCGUCGAGAUUGUACAAGGGUAUAGCGAGAGCGUCACGCGAUAG